ACAAAACUAAAGAUAUUCAAGAUUGAUGUACAGUGCGGCGUUCGAAUAAAGAGUCAAAACCCACCGCUCGCAGCAUCCAGCUCAGCUCCCUAGAGAAAGACCAAUCUUGCGAACCUAUCCGAUUCACAACGACGCGUCUGCGCUACUAUGCAAACCACGAUGGCGAACCACGUCCCACCACCAUACUCAGGCCAGCCACGACGAUACCCUGGGCCAGUCAGCGCCGUCGUCGCACCCCAGGCGGCUCUAGCCAACAACGACUACGCGUUUCGCAUUUGCAUUGACACGUCCACAACUAUCCGCCAGGACAAGAACAUUGUCAAUAUUGCUGGGUCGGCAGCCGAGCAGGCCGCUGCCAUCGCCGAAGCUGUGACUGCAGCGAUGCACAGAAACAGCUCGGCAGAAUGUGGUAUUCCCAUGAUCGACGGAGAUGGCCACCCACGGCCCAUUGACGUCGAGAUAUCCGCAUGCCUCACUAUAGACGGGAGCGGCAACUUCGUGGGCGAUGCCAAAAGCCUCGCCGGUGUUGGGCAACAGCAGUAAGAGUCGGAAGGGCACGAGGGACAGUAACGGGAGCGUUGGCGGUAGGAAGCCCAGACAGCCGCAAGACACCAACGCAGCGCCUCGGCCGUGGCAAUGUUUCUUAAGCCUACCCUAGACGGCGCAGCAACCAAGAUGUCUUUCCAUUCUCCCUUUUUUGAGACAUUCAGCAAGGCUCUGCUGUUCAGACGAAAACAUAAGUAAUACGAAUAUACCCCCACGACGAACUCUUCGUGACCGUGGAAGCCGACUACCACCGGCGUCUACUGCAACCGCGUUCGGGAAUACAACCUUUCUAAUUCAGAGCCGCUUCUACCGUUGAAAGCACAAAAUCUGCUUUUAACCACUGCACAA